AUGUCUUCGCAGCGCGUCAUACAAGACUCCGACGACGAUGAUGGAGAUAUGAUUUCUGAUAUCGCAUCCUCUUGCGACCCUCUUCAAGACACAUCCUUUGCGCCAAAAGCAACGAACACAGAUGUAGAGCGCAUCCAUGAAAACCAACCAGCUGUAGAAGUUCCAUUCGCGACCAAUGAUCUACCACAAGUCGAUUUCGAUAGAUUCCUGAGGUCGGAAUCAUCGAUCAUGGCAGGAGAUUAUGAAGAUGAAAGAUGGGUAUCGACUGCGAAUUCGAAUUCGGGGAAUAAUGUCAUUCAGUUCGGAAACUACAGCACGGGGCAAUUACAAGAUGAUAGUUUUCAACAUACGACUGGCAACCCGAACCAUAGUGGUCUUAGUAUACUUCCACCGACUUCCGAUGGAGAGUACGGCACGAUCACGGAGGAUAUUGAUCAUCCCUCAAAGCGAGGAAGGGUUUCGAACACGCAAGUUACUUUCCAGCAUGAACCUGGCGAUGGUACGGAAACUGAUUCAUCUUACAACUACUUUGCAUCCAUGGGACCGAAUGGACCACCGCAGACUGCCAACUCGCUACCUUCGGUGCUGAUUUCAGAGGAGAAAAACAGCAUCCUACAUCAUUUUGAUGUUAAAACCCAACCUAUGCCGAUUGGGACUCCUCCGGCUACUAUACCAUUUUCAGAAGACUCUUUACCACAAGAGCAAGAGGAAAUCCUAGAAAGGGGCACAGCAGCUGAAUUCGAGAUUCAAGAAGUGACUCUUCAACAGCCGCCAUCUGAGACAGAUACUGAAGUCUGGGGCACCAAAAAGAAAAAGGGACGUCCUAAGAAGCAGGAUACUAGUGAGGCUGCAGAUAUCGAGGCCAAGGUCACCCCUGAAAAUCCCUCCGACGUCAUAGAGCAACAAGAAGUUAAGAAAAAAACCGGCCGGUCAAAGAAGCAGGAAAUCGACAUUGUGGCUGAACAGAUCGGAGCAGAUGAUUCUACCAGAAAUCAAAAUGGGAUCAAGGGUGAACCAGACUCCACUACUGCCACGAAAGCAUCAAAGAAGAAGAUCAAACGCAGCAAGACAACGUCCGACUUGCCACAUAAUAAAUCUAGUGAUAUGAAAUCCGAACAAGAUGUGGUCUGGAUUGAAACCAACCCAAUGGAUUCUGUAAAACGAACCGUGGAUAAACCUGUUGUCUCAGCGGUAGACGAAAAGACAAGUAUCACUGAACAAGCUGCUUCCGAAGAGAUUAAAGUACCCAGGAAACGCGGCCGUAAGAGAAAAGGAACCGUUGAAGAACCGACAUCUCCCGCUACCGAAAACCAAGCUGCUCUUCAAGAUAUUUCCAACAUACAACAACCCGCUCCGCAGCAAGAUAAGCAGAAACACAUUGAAAUCGUGAUUGACAGCGCGAAAAAUCAGGUACCUGAUGAACCGAAAACUUCAAAUGCUACCGAGACAUCUGAUACACUCAAACCCCGUGACGAGUCUUCAGCGCCCAAUGUUGAAAUCCAAAGCAAAGAAGGCGGAGUAGAAGCACCAGAGACCCCAACAACCAACGAAAAAUCAAAACCGAUGAAACAGACCCUCAUCUCUAGUACUGGUAGAGUUCCGUUUAGGGUUGGCUUGAGUCGUCGAGCACGGAUUGCGCCGUUGCUGAAAGUUGUGAGGAAGUGAACGGAAGUUAUGGCAAUUGAAAUUUCUAAGAUGAUAUAUCAUGUUUGCAAUUUGAUGAUAGGUUCUGACAUUUACGAUUCUUAUUUCUGUAUAUAUUAUCAUGAGUAUAAGUACGUGGCGUUACUGACGAC